CCGCGUGUGAGAAACGGACGGAAGCAGCACAUCAAACCGCCCUAAGCCUCCCCCUCGCGCGGUGGCCUGUACAUUGGGGGGCGCAGGGGGCUGUUCAGCUCAACCUCUGGUAACUUCGCUGGACGGAUGCUGUGCAGAGAUAAUUUGUCUUCCGCCCAGCGUUCCUUCGACUUUGCAGAGGGGGAGGAAAGGCAGAUUUCCACAGGAAAAAAAUCACCCACUUGGCCAUCUUUGAACCCCAAACACGGCGCAGGACGGAACUGAUCCGUCUUGGUGAAUGGAACCGAACCGAGUCGGGUGACUGGAACCGUGCAGAAGAGAGAUCGAGUUGUAGCGCCAGGGAAGGGAUGACUUUUUCUCCGGGAAAUAGAAGUCGCUCUACUAUACUAGGCGGGGUAUUGUGGCACUGAAGAGGUGUCUUAUUCCUAAAGAACAAGGAAAUAGAAACUAGAAGAUAAAAGAAAACUAAAGAUUAAAAAAAAAAAGAAUUGGGAUUGCACCAUCUGUAAAGUUGGGAGUAUGGGGUCAUUCCAUCUGUUGGUUAGGAAAAGUGGAAGUUUGACGGUAUUUACAACACCGUUGAGUGAGAAAAAUAUUCUUCAUAGAACCCUCACUAUUUCUUUGCCUUUUUAUAAGAAAAAAAGAACAGAGUAUGAAAAUAUGGACCUCCCAAAAUAUGGAAAUUUGAUCAAUGACCUCACUUCGGGCCAGGGUCGAUCGGACAGGCCCAGACUGUGGGAUGAAGGGUGCCAGAACAAACCUCCAGCUCAUAAACCAGAAGCAAAACUUCUUAAGAACCGGGUUCCCUUAAUGAAUCCCAGGAAGAGCCCCCAGCAGCAGGAAAUUCCCCAGGGGCUGCCCUUGCAAAUUGCUUUGCAAAAGAACCGCUGGGCCAGUGUGACCUCUGUUCUGCACCAGACCAUGCCCGCGGAACAGGCCUUUUACCUGGAGAGGUGGAAACAGCGAAUGAUUCUAAAACUUGGGAAAGAAGGCUUUGAAGAAUACGUUAAAAAUACUUUUCAAAAGGGCAAGAACUUCCACGCGGCCAUGGAAGCCUUACUGUUAGCUAAAGGAAACGUGGUCAAGGAACAGGAAGAAGACCCCAGCAUCUCAGGCUACGUACGGAGCGUAAAGCAUGCGCUGCAAGAUAUUACUAGAGUCAGAGCUCUUGAAAGUGCAGUACAACAUGAGGCUCUUUACUACCAAGGCCUAGCGGAUUGCAUAGCAGACUAUCGCGGACAGUUAUGUCUAAUUGACUGGAAGACUUCGGAGAAACCAAAGCCAUUUCUUCAAAAUACGUAUGAUAAUCCACUACAAAUUGCAGCGUACAUAGGAGCAAUUAAUCAUGACAGAAACUAUGACUUCCAGGUUAAUUGUGGCUUGCUUGUGGUUGCCUAUAAUGAUGGUUCUCCUGCACAUUCACAUUUUAUGAGCUUUGAGUUGUGCUCCCAGUACUGGGACAAAUGGCUGCUUCGCUUGGAAGAGUUUAAAGAGAAAAGAAAGGAUAAUGUUACCCAAAUAACUUCAUCAUAAUGCUUACUGACAUUCCAGAACAAAAUAAAAAAUUGGUUUUUGUAUAAGAUGAGCAGGCAAAGGAAGGAGAAAGAAAAGAAAAAGAAAAUUCAGUUCAUUUGCUUGCUUAUAUGAAUCACACCACUUGAAUUAUGAAUUAGCAAUUUUUCAAUUUUCCAUGCUAUAUGAAAGCACUGGGUUGUUAACUGUGGAUUAUAUGUGGAUUGCAAUUCCAUGGAUACAUAAGAAAAAGGCAGACUGUAAAAUCUUGGAUUUAUUUUUAGCUAUUUUAUUUGCUUCAGGGUGGAAAAUGGACACUUUGAAAGUAUUUCUAUAAUA